AUGCUUCAAAGCCUUAUUAAAAAUGUUUGGAUCCACCAAGUUUAGCAGGAGAUUUGGGUAGGAAUGGGGUUGAUGGGCUUCAUGGUUUAUAAAAUCCGGAGUGCUGAUAAAAAAGGUAAAGCUUUGAAAGCUUCGAGUCCUGCACCUGCGCAUGGUUAUCUUUAA